AUUUGUCGCUCUCUUGAAUGCUCUAAAACAAAAAAGAAAGAAAAAAGUGAAAAAGAAAUAAUUUUCCUCUCAAGAAACUGCAGAUUCUUCAACAAACCCUUGCAUUUAUACCUCCCAUUUAUUCUCAAAUGCUUCUCACUCCUCUUAAACACAAAGAGAAGAGAGAGAGAGAGAGAGAGAGAGAGAGUAGUGGGGCUUUCGGUUUUAAAUUUUAUAUUUAGUAUAUUUUCUGCUGAGGGUUUUUUCUUCCUUUUUUUGUUCAUAUAUUUAUUUGUUUUGUUGGAGAAGGGUGAGGAAUGUUAUCAUCAAGCAUGAGAAAGAAGCUAUGGGUUUUGGUUUUGCAGUGCCUUUUGCUCAUGGGAUGCCAUCUGGUUUCAUCAAUGGAAGUGGCGCUGCAAGAUGGAGCAAUACCAGACACCACAUUGUCACCGCCAGAAGGGAACACAACAUUCCUUGAUGGCACAACAUGGUGCGUAGCCCUUCCCGGGGUUUCCCAAGCCGAUUUGCAGAAUGCAUUAGACUGGGCCUGUGGAUUGGGAAUGGCAGACUGCAAGCCAAUUCAACAAGGUGGAGCGUGUUACGAACCAGAUACUCUGGUAUCUCAUGCCUCUUAUGCUUUCAAUAAUUUUUAUCAGCAGAACGGGAAUUCAGAUAUUGCUUGCAAUUUUGGGGGAACUGCCGCUGUCACUAAAACUAACCCAAGUCAUGGAAAAUGCGUCUAUGCUGCGCCCGGAUCUGUAGGCUCUGCAGCACCUCCAUUUUCCAAGCAAAAUCCCAGCUCUCUUUGGUGGCAACUUGCUUGCCUUUUACUCCCCUUGUAUCUAGGAAGUUGAUAUUUUGAUGGGGUUAAUUAAACUGCUGCCAAGAAAAGCCAAAAUUCCACCUGCUUGUACAAAAAGCCAUUUGCUGUUACUGUGGGGGAAAAAAAGCAGGAGAUGAGAACAUGAUUAGAUUAGGGUUUUGUGACCGUAAUACGCUUUAUCCCUAUCUUUGUUUUUGGUUUUGGAAUCUAUUACCCGCUAAUUAAUCAAAUCCUCUAUUUUCACCUUU